GGAGAUUUCCCUGUAGACAAGUAGAAAGGGUGAUGGACAAACGUGCGGGCACUAAGACCGCAAGGCAUUCAUUUCCUCCGACGGUGGAUGCGGACGCCGGGAGGAGGAGAACCCCAGAGCUAGGAGCUGGGAGCCGUGGCACAGAGAGCACGUAGCGACUCCGAAGAUCAGCCCCAAUGAACAUGUCAGUGUUGACUUUACAAGAAUAUGAAUUCGAAAAGCAGUUCAACGAGAAUGAAGCCAUCCAGUGGAUGCAGGAAAACUGGAAGAAAUCUUUCCUGUUUUCCGCUCUGUAUGCUGCCUUUAUCUUUGGCGGUCGGCACCUCAUGAACAAACGGGCGAAGUUUGAACUGAGGAAGCCAUUAGUGCUCUGGUCUCUGACCCUUGCAGUCUUCAGUAUAUUCGGUGCUCUUCGAACUGGUGCUUAUAUGGUGUACAUUUUGAUGACCAAAGGCCUGAAGCAGUCAGUUUGUGACCAGAGUUUUUACAAUGGACCUGUCAGCAAAUUCUGGGCUUAUGCAUUUGUGCUAAGCAAAGCACCCGAACUAGGAGAUACAAUAUUCAUUAUUCUGAGGAAGCAAAAGCUGAUCUUCCUGCACUGGUACCACCACAUCACUGUGCUCCUGUACUCCUGGUACUCCUACAAGGACAUGGUAGCCGGGGGUGGUUGGUUUAUGACCAUGAACUAUGGCGUGCACGCCGUGAUGUACUCUUACUAUGCCUUGCGAGCGGCAGGUUUCCGAGUUUCCCGGAAGUUUGCCAUGUUCAUCACCCUGUCCCAGAUCACUCAGAUGCUGAUGGGCUGUGUCAUUAACUACCUGGUCUUCUCCUGGAUGCAGCAAGACCAGUGUCACUCUCACUUUCAGAACAUCUUCUGGUCCUCACUCAUGUACCUCAGCUACCUUGUGCUUUUCUGCCACUUCUUCUUUGAGGCCUACAUCGGCAAGAUGAGGAAAACAACGAAGGCUGAAUAGUGUUGGAACUGAGGAGAAAGCCAUAGCUCAGGGUCAUCAAGAAAAACAAUAGACAAAAGAAAAUGGCACAAGGAAUCACAUAUGGUGCAGCUACAACAAAACAAAACACAUGAGCAAACACAAAACCCAAGGCAGCUUAGGGAUAAUUAGGUUGACGUAACCCAGUAAGUUUAUGAUCCUUUUUGGGUGAGGACUCACUGAGUGCACCUCCAUCUCAAAGGACUGCUGCUGGAAAACCCCAUUCCCCUUUCACUGUCAGUUCUAGGACAAAUGAGAACAAAAGUGAGCCAGAGGCACAGAAAGAGAGAGAAGUAGAAAGUAAACAAAGGCUAUUAACACUAUAUGAAAAAAAAAAAAAACGUAUUUACUAAGUGUUAUAAUUCUCUAAGAAUGAAAGAAGUUUACUUAAAAAACCGUGCGAGCACAUACACACACAAUCCUUUCUAAUCUUUUUUGACACUAAACUGGAGCCAAUAGAAUAGAUAAAAUGGAAGAGACACAGGGUGGGUAUCUAGAACAAUAAUGCUUUUGCGAAAAGUAAAACCUUUUAAAGAAAGGUUAGUAGCUGUAGCCCCCAAAAGAAAAGAUGUCUUAAUCACCUCUCAUGAAAACGGAUGUAAACAAUUGUAUUUCAACUCAGAGAAAGACUGGUAUCUUUCCCUUCAUAGCACAAGCUCAGGCUAGUGGGGUUGCUAGAACCAAACGGGGCACAAUACUUUUCCAAGGUUCUUCCUGGGAGGAUGGAAACAACGCAGCCCAGUUCCUAAAGGGGCAGCUCCAUCGUGGAGCAUUUCUGAUAGUUUAACUGUAAUUUCUACUCUGAAAUGAGCUAGAAAGGAUUAUCCUUGGUUCAGUUGCCCUGGGCUUUGGAACCGAAGAGUAAAUACAGAAUAGAAAAGGUAAAACUCAACCAAAUGAUUUGAAAAUGGAUUCUGUACUACCUGUGAAAAGAUCCAGCCGGAUAUCACUCUUGAGCUGGGAAAAAGGGGAAAGGACAGGAGGGAAAGUAGGGGGCCGAAGAUGAAUACAACAGACUACGCAUACCCCUCUCUAUUUGACUUCACACACACUCAUAACUUUCCAAAUGAAACCCUGUUGUACAGUCCAUAUUUUCUAUAUUUUUGUGAAUUUCAAAAAGAAAUCUGCAGGGCUCUUCCUGAUAUUGGGUGAACACUGUGUUUCCUCAUCCUCUGCAUUUGCUGCCUAAGCAAUGCAGAGGUGUGUAAAGUGCCCUCUGCUGGUCAAGUGGAGAUACUUCAACAGACACUUCAUGGCAAGUUUGGCUGAACAGUUGACAACAAAGGGCCCCUUAGAGACUUAUCCUUCAAAUUUUAAAUGAUAUAAAAUACUCGUCAUAUUUUUGGCCAAGUCAGAAGACAUUCUUCCUGCUUCAAGUCCGCUUCAGAAAUUUUUUUAAAAGGGACUUUCGCUCUGGAACUCAGAAAAUCAAUUUAUUAAGAGCCAUAUUGUUUAAAAAAAAAAAGCUAGAUAAUAUAAUAUUAUCUGUAAUAUUUCAGUCCUUUACAAGCCAAAUAAAUGUGUAAACAUUCCUAGUAUUUCAAAGAAGCAAUUAUGUAAAAUUGUUCAAUGUGAUAUGCUAGUAUUCUAAUUGGUUAAGUAGCUUCAUGAUUAGAAAAACUAGAUGAAACGAUUAGCAGCUACACUGUGUAGACUAUACACGCAUAACCACACGUACAUGCACACAGAUGUGGGGUACACUCAACUUCAAAGCCCAAAUGCAUAGAGACACAUUUUCUGGCUAGCAGAAAAGGAAAACUGUUGUUUAUCUUUCUUGCUUUAUUUGAGAGUGUACAGUAAAAGGGAUUUUUCAGAUUAUUUUUAUAUUAUUUUAGCUUUAAUUGUGUUGUCAUUCAUGAAACAGAGCUGCUCUGCUUCUCUGUCAGAGAUGACAAGGGCUUUCUCAGCAUCUUGUUUAUGUGUGGAAUUUAAAAGAAUAAAGUUUUAUCCCAUUCUGUGUGAAUGGCUUGAACAAUGAACAAAGAAUCCAUGCAAACCAAGUCAUGACUGAUAGACCCAGGGUGGGGGUGGGGCUUUGCAGGGGAGGGAAACUGUUACAUCUGUGUUAAAUUAUUGUGAACAGUCUAUGAUGUCUUGACAUUGGUUCAGAGAUGAGAGACAAUUGACGGAGGGAUGUAUUGUGAUAUUAAGGCAAAAACAGGCAUGAGCUAAAAAGGUGGGACCUGCUAUAACAGCUACUAGGUUCUUAGGAUGCAAAUAAUGUUAUUUUGAGCUUUGAAAAUCCAUGAUACUGUGCAAUAUGCUUUUUUUUUCCUUAUAAAAGAAAAGGAGCAGAAUAAUUAAAAUGAGGAAAAGGCCAAAUACAGCUGACUUGAGUUUAACUGAAGGACCAGUUAGAGCUUAUCUGGUUGAUUUAAUUUAAUUAUUGAAUCCAUUGAUUUAUCAUUGAUCCUUUAAUGCAGGUUAGAAUAAGGAAAUGAGCAUAGACCUUAAACAGACUCUAAAUGAUGCUUCCAAAGCACUUUUAUCUUGAUACAGGUUCAUACUUGUGUUCACUUGUGAGAUAAUUUAGAAUUUUUGUUUACAGGUUGAAUGUCUAAUAAAUAGUUUUUGAAUUGGCUAAAUAUAUCUAAAGGCUUUUCCAAUGUUUAUCAUGGGAGGAAAAAAAACCUUAAAAAAAAUUCUGGUAUUACAGUUUCAAUACAAUGUUUUUAACAUCUUGGCUUGAUUACUUAAUUAUAUCGAGAUAAGAGGCUGGACCACUAGCCCAUGGCAAAUCUGAAUCCUACCAGAGAAUUGACUGCCACAUAGAUAAUCCUACUAUCAGUUAACAUUCCAGAAAAACUUGGACAGGCAAGUUUUUAGAACUGCCCCUCUAUGCUGCAAUUGAUUAUCUUUCUAUUGGAGAUUUUCCACUGCAUUCCAAUCCCACCAUGUUGACAACAUUUCUGGGUUGAAAAACAAACAUCCUUCGUUUCAUAUAUAAGUGCAUGCAAUUUGAUGCCCGAGGUCUGAGUAUCAACCCGAGUCUACAAGUUUGCAAUAGAAAACAUUCUAAUGAAAAACACUCUGGAGGUUUUAUCUGGGCCUUCUAGUUUUGCUAAUGAGAAAAGAGUAAAUACUGUACUAUUUAAAUUCCUGCCAGGCCAAAGUACCAAAUUAAAAUCCUAUAUCGAGAUUCUUAUUCCAGAUAAUUUACCCUCACGCUUCUAGUCACACUCCACUAUAAAAACUAGGGGGGAGGGAUAGAUUGCUUAAGGGGGAAGAAAGGAUUGAUUAUAUUACUCUCACUUCCCCACCUCUCUAGUAAUGUGGUUCUGGCCUGAAUCAGAAACUUCAUUUGGGUAGGAGUUUUGCAGAACAGAAUGGUAGAACACUUCUGGGAAAGAGAUCUACAGAAUUUUUUUUUUCCAAAUCAGAUGUGGUAUCUUUGUGAUAAAACCUGGCACAUCAAAGAAGCAAAGUGCCUGGAGUAAACUACACUGAGUAGAAUGCUCCAGAAGUCUGGCCUCAUUCCCAGACUGCAAAAUUACCUGGGAGAGACAGCGUGCUCAGGUUACUCUCUUCUCUUUAUUCUGAUAAAACAGACUCCCCUCAGAGACCAGGUGUCACACAACUGCCGGCUCCAGCACAUCCUGAGGGCUUUUUUUUUGCUCUGGGAGUUGUUGGAUUGGCCAUGUGCUGAUUCAAGAGAGCUGGCAGUGGAGUGGAGAAGAUCCAGUAGACUUUGAUCCCAGAAUCGAGUGCUUUGAGUUGUAUGUGGUGGUCCAUGCCUGUCUCUUUUAGACACUUGUUUCCCUGGAAAAGUUUCCCUAAGAGUGUAACUGUGUGAAAAUUCCAUGAUGGAAUCCCAGAACUUUCCAGUAGUUCAGGUUUUUUUGUUUCCACUGAUAUUUUGCUAUCAGUUCAGGAUGAUAGUUCGUCCUGUGAGUCACUGUCUCCUGUAGCUUUAAGUGCUCUCUGUCUCAUACACAAGAUCUGAUUCUUUGCGCCUCAGACCCAUUA